AUGGAGAUAACAAGUAGAUGGGUUUGCUUCUUCUUUCUCUGCUUUAGUGUUGCUCUCCACUUGAGCACAAUUGCUCUUGCGGAUGGCAAGGUUCAAACGGAGGGGUGGGGUAGGGACAGGUUUGGAGGUAGGCGUGGUGGACUGGGAGGCCGCGGACCUGGUGGCCGAGGACUUGGCGGUGGUAUUGGAGGAGGAGGAGGGUUCGGUGGUGGUGGAGGUGGUGGCAUUGGAGGUGGCGCUGGACAUGGAGGUGGAUUUGGUGCUGGUGGUGGAGUAGGUGGUGGCGCUGGAGGAGGUGUUGGUGGAGGUGGUGGAUUUGGCGGCGGUGGAGGAGGAGGUGUUGGUGGAGGUAAGGGUGGUGGCUUUGGUGCUGGUGGAGGUGUUGGGGGUGGUGGAGGAGCUGGAGGAGGUGUUGGCGGAGGUGGUGGACUUGGAGGGGGAGGUGGUGGUGGUGUUGGCGGAGGGUCAGGACAUGGUGGUGGGUUUGGAGCUGGUGGGGGUGUAGGAGGUGGUGCUGGAGGAGGUUUGGGUGGAGGCGGUGGACUUGGAGGAGGAGGAGGUGGUGGUGGUGGUGUUGGUGGAGGGUCAGGACAUGGUGGUGGGUUUGGAGCUGGUGGAGGUGUAGGAGGUGGUGCUGGAGGAGGUUUGGGUGGAGGAGGUGGUGCUGGAGGAGGUGGUGGUGGUGGUGUAGGCGGUGGAUCAGGACAUGGUGGUGGGUUUGGAGCUGGUGGAGGUGUAGGCGGUGGUGCAGGAACUGGAGGAGGUGUAGGUGGAGGAGGUGGAUUUGGAGGUGGUGGCGGUGGUGGAACUGGUGGUGGGUCAGGCCAUGGUGGUGGUUUUGGAGCUGGGGGAGGUGUAGGUGGUGGUGGUGGUGCGGGUGGAGGAAUUGGUGGUGGUGGUGGAGGAGGUAGUGGUGGUGGAGGUGGUAUUGGAGGAGGAUCAGGCCACGGUGGAGGCUUUGGUGCCGGUGGUGGCGUUGGAGGUGGAGCUGGUGGAGGAAUUGGUGCUGGUGGUGGAGGAGGAAGUGGUGGUGGAGGAGGUCUUGGUGGUGGAUCAGGUCAUGGUGGAGGAUUUGGUGCAGGUGGGGGUGUUGGUGGUGGUGGUGGUCUUGGAGGUGGACAUGGAAUUGGGGGAGGUGGUGGCGGUGGUCUUGGAGGUGGACAUGGAAUUGGGGGAGGUGGUGGAGUUGGGGUAGGCAUUGGGAUUGGCGUUGGGGUUGGAGUUGGCGGUGGAGCUGGAGGAGGCGCCGGUGGUGGUGCUGGUGGAGGAGGAAGAUAA